GAUUGACCUAUUUCUCUAAUGCAUGCCAACUGAAACUGCGCCACUCCUAAACAUAACACAUUCGCUGGGUCGUGAUACAACAUAACUUCUCAGGCAACAAUAAGCAAGGCCUUGUCUCUCUUCGGUUUUGAGGAUAAAUCAUAAAUUUUGGAAUACUGUGAUAUUAUUUCUACCUAGUUUUUUUCACAGCAGAGGGAGAAAAAUUCACGAGUCAACAGCCGACUUAUUGGGAGUUUCAAGUUUCCCAGCGAUUCCCGCGUGAGGACUUGACAACAAAACGCAAAGGGAAAUUGGGCGAAAAGUUCUCGAAAUUCCUUGUUUUGAAAGAUAAAACACUGCAAGUGAUGAUGUGGCCGUGGAGUGGCUUGGAUUUGGUCUCGUUGGGACUGGUUAUUCUCUUAUUUCACCCAUUUGUAUAUGCUGAUUUAAGCCAGCAGUGUGUGUCUUCAGAGUUCCAAUGUACAAGUGGAAAAUGUAUACCAAUAUCAUGGAAAUGUGAUGGGUCACCCGAUUGCUCGGAUGGCCUGGAUGAACAGGAAUGCACACCCAAAACAUGCUCAACGGAAGAGUUCCGAUGUGCUAACGGACGUUGCAUCCCAGCCAGAUGGCGCUGUGAUGGCCAGGAUGAUUGCGUUGAUGCUUCAGAUGAAAGGUCAAGGGAAUGUGCAUCACGAAACUGCUCCAGUGACACAUUCUCUUGUGGUGAUGGCGGUUGUGUUCCCAAGACAUGGCACUGUGAUGGACAGAAAGAUUGUAAAAAUGGAAGAGACGAGCUGAAUUGCCAAGCACAGAAGUGCACUACCAAUCAGUUUGCAUGUAAUAAUGGUGACUGUAUUGUUGCUAGAUGGCGUUGUGAUGGAGACCCAGACUGUGAAGAUGAAUCAGAUGAACAUGAUUGUGCUCCUAAGACUUGUGCACCCACUGAGUUCCACUGUGUCCUUAACAACACUUGUAUUCCUGGUCGCUGGAAGUGCGAUGGAGACAAGGAUUGUGGAGAUGGCAGUGAUGAAAGUGACUGUAAAAAGGUGGUGUCGGCUUGCUCUCCGCAGGAUUUCAUGUGUCAGACAAGCAAAGAUUGUAUCCAUAAGUCGUGGCGGUGUGAUGGAGAACGAGAUUGCCAUGAUAACAGUGACGAAAGUGGAUGUGAGAACACGUGUCGCCCUGACCAGUUCAAAUGUAAAAACAAUGAGUGUAUCCAUGGUAACCUGUAUUGUAACGGUUUCAAUGACUGUGCAGAUAGCUCUGAUGAAUCUAAUUGCAAUACCACUAUCAAACCACCCUGCGACAAGUUCACCCAUUUCGAUUGUUACAAUAAUGGCAAAAAGUGUAUCCCACUGACGAAAGUGUGUGACAAGAACAAUGACUGUGGCGGAAAUGAAGAUGAGAAGACCAAGAUAUGCAAAGCAAAUCCAUGUGCAUUCAAAAAUGGCAACUGUUCACAACACUGCAAGAAUACCCACACGAGUGAUAUCUGCUACUGUGAUCCUGGAUUUGAGUUAGGGGUUGACAAGAGGACCUGUGUUGAUAUCGAUGAAUGCAAGUUGCUUUUUGGCGCCUGUUCUCAGAAGUGCUCCAACCUCCCUGGAACGUACCACUGUACUUGUGACCAACCUGGAUAUGAGAUUGACCUAACAAACAAACACAAUUGCAAAGUUAGCGGCUCUGUCCAUCCUUACCUUAUCUUCUCGGAUCGUCAUGUUAUUAGGAAGUUAGAUGUCCAUAAUGGUCGCACAUCUGUCGUAGUCAAGGAAACUGAUAGUGCCAUUGCUAUGGAUUACCACUGGGGGAAAAGCAUGGUCUUCUGGACAGACUCCGCCAAUGAGAAAAUCUACAGUUCUCCUUUGGUGGAUGUCAACAAUGGUGAGGUGCCAAAUCGCAACGAUUGGAAGGUUGUGGCAAGCAACGUGAGCACUCCGGAUGGUAUUGCUGUUGACUGGGUGCACCAUCUCAUCUUCUGGACUGAUACUGGCAAAAAUACCAUUGAGGUAGCAAAGUUGGAUGGUUCGAUGAGAACACACCUAAUCUAUGAGGACUUAGAUGAACCUAGGGACAUUGUUGUUGACCCGCUUGGAAAGUACAUAUAUUGGACAGACUGGGCAGAAAAUCAUCCAAGGAUUGAAAAGUGUGGCAUCAAUGGUUAUGGCAGGAAAGCUAUCAUUACUACUGGUCUGCAGUGGCCAAAUGGACUCACCAUUGAUUUUGUGAAGAAGUGGCUUUAUUGGGUCGACGCCAAGAUGCAUAUGAUUGGAUCAGCCGAUCUUGAUGGUAAUAACCAACGUACCAUCCUCUCUGCACAAGGGCUACUGAAGCACCCCUUCUCCAUUGCGGUGUUCGAGGACAGGGUAUACUGGUCAGACUGGGAGCAUGAAGCAAUCAAAUCUGUCGACAAGUUUACUGGAAAUAACACCCAAUCUCAUGCCAUCCACCUAUUUGGACCCAUGGAUGUUCAUGUACUUCACCCUCUCAAACAGCCACAAGGUGAAAAUGUCUGUGAAGCGACAAAUGGAGGAUGCUCACAUCUUUGUCUCCCCGCGCCAGUUCAAGCUGUCAAAUUUACUUGCCAUUGCCCGAUCAACUUCCGACUACUCUCUGACUUCAAGCAGUGUGUACCAAUCUCGAUCAAAAAAACUGCUACUCAACCAGCCAACAGAGCCGGACAAACAUUGCCUAAAAAUGGCACCAAUAACAAUGCAUCUGCUGACACAACAGUCGCACCGAGCACUGCUCAAAGCAAUGCCACUAUCAACUCUUCCAGAACGGCUGGUCUCCCUGAAGACUUUGGUCGUGUUGCUGGUAUCGUGAUUGGCGUCGUGCUCGUUGUCCUCAUCAUUGUAUUCAUAGUUGGCUUUGUUUUGUACAGGCAGUAUACUCGAAGGAACGUCAAGAGUAUGAACUUUGAUAACCCUGUAUAUAGAAAAACCACAGAAGAACAAGUCAACUUAGAUAAGGGUGUAUACCAACCAUCUAGACCUCUUCCUGCUACCCUCGAACCAUUAAAUCAACCUGAUUCUGAGUUGAACGUCGUGUGACGCUCGCAGGAUAUAGGAUUAGGAUUACCGUAAUAAUGCGUUAGGAGAUCUAAAAAGACUGCAAAAAACAGUGUUUGCAGCUCAUUCAACAACCAGUAUUGUCAUCGCAAGGAGAGGAUUCUGUUGUGCAUGAGUAACUUUGUUAUAAAAAACAAAUGGAAAAAAACUAUAAAAAAAUGUAGUUAGUAGAGGUUGUGAUGCAUUUGUAGAUUAGUUUGAAUUAUAAACCUGUGCAACGACCAUAUUUGUCCGCCUUUGCUGCAGGAUACUGUCCCUGGCUUUCUGAUAUCGUGCGGUUGUAUGGGAAUGGUGAUCAUUGGAAAUCAUGUUCUGGCGAUCCUGAGUAUAUUUUUGCUGUAUAUUUUAGGAUCGCUGACUAUUUGGGAAUAACUAUCUGUAAAUAUGUAAAUAUUAUCCAGCCGUGAAUAAUGCUUCUUACUUUGCUACUUGAGGCAUGCAAUUUCACAAACGCUGUAGUCAUAUGUUGUAUUCAUAAUCAUAUUUAUUUUGCAAGCAGUGCAGAUGAUUUGUGUGAUUGUUUCCAUGGUGCUUCUGUUGCAGAUGACAAUACUGGUUGCUACAGAUAUUGCUCAAACAUAAACCUGUUGUGAUCAGGUUUAAAACCUCAUGAUGACAAACGCUUGUGACAAGAUGAGACCAAUGAGAUUCAAACAAAACAUUGGAUUUAUCUUCGAAGCUGGAAUAAUACCAUGACCGCUGCGGUUAUUGUCCACUUUUCCAAUGGACCAGAUUCCGUGACUUUGUAACUAUUGGAUAAAUCCAGAGAGGAGCAGAUUCAUCAAAUUGGACUUGAAACCCUGAGUGUCCUGCCUCCUUCCAUUUUGAUGGCAUAGUCAAAACUUUUUAAUCUAUGUGGUAAGAAACACUUUUGUUGGCUACUGUGAAAAGCAUUUUUGGGCUUGAAAAGCCCAAUGAUUUGUACAUACUUGGGACUAUAUUUGUAAUUCCAAAUGGGCACUGUCAGUUGCUGUUGAUGUUGACCACUUUUGUUUUUCAGUUUACUUUUUAAAAUGCUGCCGCCCCCUCGUUCCUUGACAGCUGAUUAUUAUUCAGUUUAAGUUCACCGAAUUAAGGGACGAUGGUUGCUUUGCAUGUGUGUGAGCAAAACAAAUUUCAAUUGAACUCUCACUGUUGUUGAAUGCUCGUUGAAGAUACUGUACAAGAAUGUGUGUGUGACCAGUGAAAUUCAGAACACCAAGGCAUCAACAUGAACAAAUGUAUAGGUGUCCAGCAUUGUCUAUGCCCAUUGAUGUCAGUAUCUUCAGCAUGCAAUAGUGAACUAGGUUGAGUUACCUCACCAAUUUCUACUCACAUUUUUGCAGUUUUCAGCCUGCAGCGUCAUUUUUACGGAGGUAUAUUUUUUGCCUGUUGAGGCCGCGGAUUACCUCAAUUUGCGUGUCAAUGUCUGUCCUGUGAAUGAUUCUUUAUUGCAAUGUCUCAAACUUGUCCAUCACUCUCAUGUUCAUUUGUGUUGUCAUUAUCUAAAACGCCAAAAUUCACAACUGUAUGAAAUAUUGAAAUCAUAGAUUUUUGUAUACAUGUACAUAUAUAGUCUUUGGAUGCUUCAAGUCAAUCAGUUUAUAUGUUGUCUGUUAGUAGGUAAGCGUAGUAUUUAUUUAAUGGUGAAUCUCUUGUUCUAAUUCUCCUUUUGCAAGGUGACGGUGCUUGUAAACCACAGGGAAAACAUGUUCCUUUGUGCUGAAUAGGAACCGACUGUUCUUUGUCAUGGAUUGCAACGUCAUCAAAUAGGUUUUCCUAAAGUCAGUCUGCUUGCAAUUGGAAAAAAAAUACUUGUGCCACAGAUUAGAGAUGGAGUAAUAUUUCUAUACUUAACGACAGAUGACAUGUUAUCGCCAUCUUGUACGAAAGUUGUGCGUAUUGUUGCCAAACUGUCAUAUGAAUUCAUCUCAUGACGUUAAUGGCAAUAAUAGCUUGACAUGGUGAUACUAUGUCUUCUCACGUUACAGUUGUAGUUUAAUAGUUUAAAAAGUCUCUAGUAGUAAGAUUGUACAUUUAAGAAUGAGUACUUGAUUGAAUAGUUCUGUGCUGAAACAUUCAUUCUCCUGCUCAUCGCGUGUUUGCAUUUGAUGAAGUGCAAGUGUCAUUGCUGGUUGUUCUAAAUAACCAUAAUUUGUGUGAUUGCGUGCGUCUAAAUUGCUUUAUAAGCAAUUAUAAUCAUUGUUCUACAGCACUCUGUUCAUUAAUGGGAUGAAUUUUUGACCUAUUGACUUGCCUGUUCAGAGUGCACCGUGGAAUUAGACAUUUCUAUCCCAACUCAAACUUGCAAGGAAAUUCCAAUAAUGAUAAAAAUUUCUGCAAAUUUUGCAUUGCACAACUUCAUAAAUCUUCAAGAUUGGUAAGGAGUUGAAGAAGUGAUAUUCUAUGUUCUGUUUAUUUGUCUACUGAGGUAUUGAUACCUCUCUACUGCAUGUAAAAGUAAUGAUACAAAAUUUCUUGUUUUUCAUCGCAAUGUGCUAUUCAAUAAUUGAUUGAUUGAUUGUUGGCUAUUUGAUAUUGGAAUUUCCUGCAGUCCAGGUUAUUAUAGUCAUCUUUUGUACAUUGAUUGUAAAUAGAACUGUACAUUUAAGUUUGUUAAGUUGUAAGAUUUGAGAGUUAUGGGUGUACUGAAGCCACUAUUCAAGCUCCUAGUUUGAUGAAGGACACUCUCGCCACACCACACCAGAUAAUUGGUUUUACAACUGCUGGUCGACACUAACAAAAACUUUGCUGGCUCUAACAUAUAGAUUGAGUCUAGCUGUGUGUGAGUAGUGUACGAGUAGUCCCCUCAACCAAAAGGUUCUUGGCAGAAUCCAAUUCCUUGUUUGCAACCCUCCACUCGACUUGAUGUGAAACUCAAGCCAACUACCCAACUAGUUGCUACAUGCCAUAUCUACACUAACAUUCCAACUCUGAUAUCCCAGAUAAGAGUCCCUAUAAGUAAGACUGGUCAUUGUAAGAAGUCUUGGACAUUAUGGGAUGGUUGAUGCUUGAGUGUCCUGAUGGUGACUUGUGGAAGCUUAAAUGGUUGGCGCGUAAUAUUCAUCUUCGCAGGGAUCAUUGCUCACAUUACUGUCUGACAAAUAACUUUCUCGAUAUUCUUUGGCUUUUCCUAUUGAUUUUGUACUAAUUUAUUUACCCUGUAGACGUAAAUCCGCUGACGCAGACCCUGGUGCUCUUUAGUUAGGGGGUCCGUGGUGGGGCGGAGCGGAAAGGGGUUCACGAACUCAUCUGUUGCUUCCCGUCUACUUGGAUUGAACUGCAGAUUAGCUUCUAGGCAGUUUAAUGGCGGUACACCUUGUAAAUAUUAUACAGUUAUGUUAUUGCAUUUGCACUCUGGCAGCUAAACUUGCAAGCACUCAAUAAGAUCUGUUGUUUCCUCUGUCAUGUGCUACUUUAUUUUUGAUUAAAUAAAAAGUUGUAUUUUCUUGAAAAAUCACAGCAGUGAUUCAAUAGAAUCGAUGUAUACAUAAAUAUUAUAAUAUCAAUGAUAUGCCCAAGUGCGGCUUUUAAUUUCUUUCUUGUAUUAUUUUUGUGCUAAUAACCCAUUUCGUGCUUGUCUUUAGUUUUAUAUGUCUAAAAAUCUCUAAAGUGUUAUUAAAGCUGUUCAUGACCUUGAUGUAAAAUCAACUGACGAGGCAGUAUUCACCAUGAACGAUUUGUUGUUCAAUUCAAAUCCUGCACAAGCCUCCUUUGAAUCUUGUCAGUGAUUGGUAUCACAUACAAUCCAACAUGGAUGCAAGAUCUCUUGGGCAGUCUGGUUGAAAAAUAACACAAUUUGUUUAGUUUUGUCUUUUCUAUUUUUUUACACUUCAUGCUAUGAUUUAGCAGGAUGUCAGUCCAGUCCAUUGCCUCUGUAUAUUUUGUUAAUAGUAGAAAGGUGUACAUAUUUUCUUGUGUGCGUGCGUGUGUGUUGGGGGGUUAUGUUGUACAGCUGUUGGGUUCCCACACAUAGUAGUACAGGUAGUAUGAAUGUGAAUACUGGUUCUUAGCAUGUUUGGUACAGGGACUACUGUAAGAACAAGUGUUAAGUGGGGGAGACCAUGUUGGAUAGGCCUACAGUUUGCUAACUGGUGGGUCUCCAGUAUUACAAAAUUUAACAUAUUUCUUCUUGUUUACAAUAUCUGCCUUUGUGGUUUGUGUAUCUAGAACAAACUUCAAAUUUACUGUUCCAGCCACAGUAGAAAUUAGCACCUUGGGAUUGGAAGUUUGUACAGAAAAUGAACCAAAGACAUGCCACUUGGAAAGCAUUCAACUUGGAAGGACUUAAGUCAUGUAUUUGGCAUAUUGCCAUUGUUUGAAAGCUUACCUACAUCAAUGCCAUCGAUGGGUAUAAUACCACAACAAAGGUUUGUGGGGAUUGGUCAUUUAACCCUCCAAUUCAGAAUUCCAGGAUAUUGGAGAGGGAAGUUUGUGCUGGUGUUUAUGAUUUUCAAAAGAAAAGUUUGAUAUGAAACCAAAUGUAUUAAUAAGAAAAAUAUGGUUUGUUUAACAAGUGAUGGGUUCCCAUCGUCUUAUCCUAAUAGCGUUGCACCAAUUUACUUGACUGCUGUAACCAUUGUGCCUCUUGUUUAGCAUGCAUUUUACAGCUUUAAAAUGCAAUAAUCUGAGCCUGGAUGUUAAAACUUGUUUUGAACAACCAGGCUCUGGCCUUCAUCUGCUUUACCUGCAUUUUAUGAAGAAGAUCAGCUGAUGCUUUAAAACACCCUUUAGGUUGACUGGUUAUGCUUGUUUUUUACACAACAUUUUUUGGCCUGGACAGCUUAAAUAUUUUUGUGGUAUGGAAAGCUUUAUGUUCUUACUCUGUAUUACAUACAUGAAAAUAGUUCCGGUUACCGCAUUUGAUGUAAUCUUCUUAAUAGCUGGAGGUGUUGCUAAUCCAGCAUGGUCUGAGGGUUGCCGAUUAUGUGGUCCCUGUACAUACUAAUCUGUUGGCACAGGUUAUUUAGAAUCUCGUUGACUUGAAGCAUCCAUAUCAUGAUUGCAUUGUACAGAGUUGAGAUGUGUAGGCCAAUUAGUUUCCUAGUUCACUUUUUCGGUGAACAAAGCACCUUCAAAAUGCAAGGUGUAAUAAAUAUUAUGUAUUGACAUA